CUCUAAAUGCGUGCGCGCACCUGCCAAUGUCACAGGGGGCAAUGUCACAGGGGGUCGUGCUCCACUUGGGGAGACGCUUGCCCCCAUCCUUGUCUGAUGCCCUUCCACCGAAUCGGCGUUACAGUGCAUCUCCAUCAACGUUGCUUGUAGCUUUUGUGUUCGUUGUUGUCGGUGUGUUCGUCGCCAUCUUCCUGACGUUCGUGGUUGUUGUUGUGCUCAUACUGGCUGCCCUGUGUGUCCUUCUGCGUCGUAAGCGGAGGUGAAGCCCGUGGUGGUAGCCUUGUCCGAAGUGACAACAUCAUGGAUGGCCACGGAUGGGCGUCGGACACGCCCGUGUCGGGAGGGCAAGAUAGCCGGUUUCCGAGGUACAUGGGGAACGAGAACCUCGGUUUCGAAGCCGAGCUCUCCCCGGGACUGUCUUCUAUGACAUCGGACCCCGAGAACUGGAUUAGUCCUGGCCCGCAGACAUCCAUGCACAGUCGCUUCCCGGGCACGUACACAUCCGGCAUGGACGGCUCGAGGAGACUUGUCACGGACCCUGCUCCACGUGCUCAUCCUUUAGCUUCGCCAGCGGUGGGUGGAGCUGCAUGUGGUUUCGUUCACACAAUGUGUAUCCAGGGCGGUCCUCGUCCUCAAGCCUUCCAAGGCGCCUACUUUAUGCCUCCCCCGGCUCCCGCGUGUAUGCUGCCGCCUUCGGUCGACCGCUUACAGACCGCCGCUGUGGAGAGGGCGUGGUCGAACGUCCGCAAGGUUGGGGGUGGUGUCGUCGAAAAUGUGGGAGGGGUGUGGCAGGUCGUCGAUGCGCCCCCUUCACCUAUGGAUCAAGGUGAAAGGGAUGACCGACGCGGGGGUGAGGACGCACGUCCGACGGUAGCGGAUGCUCAUGUAGGACAACAAGGCUCGUCAAGCAGGAAUGGCAAUCGCGGUGGACGUGUGGCGGAGAGUGCCAGUGACGUGGACACAGGUGACGACACUGCACGGGCGGAUGGAGGCGGUGCACCUGCGAAGAGGCGAACCAGGCCAUGGCCGCUCGAGGAACGCCUCAAUCUAGCGAGGUUCAUGAAGGAAGAUAAUGCAAUGAUGACAAUGGCGUUUGGUCGACUGAAGCACGCCAGACGGUCGGUGAGGAAUGAGUGGGUGUCAAGGAAGAUGAGGGAGGCUGGGUGGAUAAGGUCCGCGGAGGACUGCAGGAAGAAGUGGUCUGACCUCAUGGGCAAGAUGAAGGACAUCCUGCACAAGUGCAAUGCAUCAGGGAAGCCGUCGUAUUGGGACAUGAGCAUUGAAGACAGGAAGAAGGAGGGAAUCCCGACGACGUUUGAGCAGCCGCUGUGGGAGGAGAUGGAGUGGGUGCACAGAAAGCCAUUUGUCACCUGUGACAACACCAUGGCAUCAUAGAACUGCCAGGGUGCUGAAAGCGGAAAGGCAAUGGCUCUUCAUAAGGCCGGGGCCGG